AUGGCCAACAACGGAGGAACCACCGAACCUAAAGUUCACUACAACUGCAAGGAUUGCCGGAAAUUUCAACGAGAUGUCAAAUAUCUUGAACAUCUGUUGGACAAUGAAAGGACCCGCGGUCGCGAACAACGAAAGUGGAGACUCACUCUUUGCGAGGCGCUAGAUGAGGCCAAUGCAAAGUUGGCCAAACGGCAACCUUGGGAAGAAAACAACUGCGACAGGCAUGAAGAUACAUGGCAGCCUGAGGAGGGUGACUUCAAUGACGAAAUGCACCAGUCUGAGGUUUGGGACGAAGACAACGAAGCCCUCAGCACUGCAGAGAUCCUAACUGAGACCACCAUGCAGAACCAGGAGACCGACCUCCAAAGAUGUUACAAGGAGCUGCAGGAGGCUCAUAGAACUAACCAGCAGAGGUUUUCUGUGGAGCUGCAGGCUGAGAGGAGCAAGAAUGAGGCUCUCAUACAUGAACUGGAGAAAUUGCAAGCUUCAAACAAUGAGAUGAGUGAAAAGUAUGAAGCUGACCACCUCCGAGCCAAGCAGCAGAUCAUCCACAUGACGACUGAGCUUAAAGAAGCAGCAAAGUCUAAGAUUGACACCUUGCAGGCUAAGCAGAACCUUGUCCGUGCACAGAUGAUGGAGGAGAUGAAAUGUCUCCAAAAAAAUGCUGCAGAGGAGAAAAUGCUUCUGCAGAAAGAAGUGGAGGAGCUGAACUCUCAGCUCUCACUGAUGGAGAGAGAGAAUGAAGCUCAYACAAUCAACCAGCAGAAGUUAGCUGUUGAUCUGCAGGCUGAGAGGAGCAACACUGAGGCUCUCCUGGAUGAAUUGGAGAAACUGAGAGCUUCGAACAAUGAGAUGAGAGAAAMGUUUUUAGCUGACGAACUCUUAGCCAAGCAGCAGGUCACCMACAUGACGAGUGAGUUUGAGAAAGCAGUCAAGUCUCAGGCUGAGCAGAACCUCGUCCAAAAACGGAUCAUGGAUGAGAUGAGAUGUCUCCRCCAAAAUGCUGCAGAGGAGAAAAUGCUUCUGCAGAAAGAAGUGGAGGAGCUGAAUUCUCAACUCUCACUGAUGGAGAGAGAGAAUGAAGCUCAUACAAUCAACCAGCAGAGGUUAGCUGUUGAUCUGCAGUCUGAGAGGAGCAACACUAAGGCUCUCCUGGAUGAAUUGGAGAAACUGAGAGCUUCGAACAAUGAGAUGAGUGAGAAGUUUUUAGCUGACGAACUCUUAGCCAAGCAGCAGGUCACCCACAUGACGACUGAAUUUGAGAAAGCAGUCAAGUCUCAGGUGGAAACCUGCCAGGCUGAGCAGAACCUCGUCCAUAAACGGAUCAUGGAAGAGAUUAGAUGUCUCCACCAAAAUGUUGCAGAGGAGAAAAUGCUCCUGCAGAAAGAAGUGGAUGAAAUGACUUCUCAACUCUCACUGGAGGAGAGAGAGGAUGUCAAGCAUCAGGAGUGGCAGAAGGAAAAGGAGGAGGAGAAGCAAGAGGAGAAAGAGGGGGAGGAAGAGCAGGAGAAGCAGAAGAAGGAGGAGGAGUCCCUCUCUGAUGCUCUCCCUGCUCCAGAACCUGUGUCUGACGAGACGCCCAAAAAGAAGAAGGUUUCAAUCUGGAAAAAAAUCAGACGGUGUCUGGGACUGAGGAGGAGGAAGCAAUAAGACACUGCACCUAACAACUGAUUYACACCUGAUACUUGUUCACCUGUGCUCCUCCUGCAUGAAAUCA